AUGGCUAACAACUGCAGUUCUCGACAAGGACAGCUUUUUGAUGACUAUUCAAAUUCAGAUAUUAACUUAUACUUCGCAUCACAUGAUGACAUCGACGAGUUGUGUAAAGUAAUUAAUUGGGCAUAUAGAGGUAAACCUUCAGUAUCGUUGCCUGGAGAAAAUUACUCGGGUUGGGUUAGUGAACAACAUUUACUGAAAGGCGCACGAAUUACGUCUGAAGAACUUCGACAGUUGAUAGAUGAUGAACAACAUGCUGUUGUUCUUGUUGCAAAACUUAAGACGCCUUCAGAGCGAAAAAUCGUUGGCUGUUGGAAAAUUAGCACAUACGAUAAAAGUUUGCAAAUAACUGACGAAGAAAAACAGGAUGUAGCUGUUGAAUUUGGUUUGAAUGCUGUGGAUCCUGAUUAUCAAAGCCGAGGCAUUGGAACAUUGUUGUAUAAUGGAGCCAUACGUAUUGCAAAAGAAUAUUUCAAUGCACAACGGGUUUAUUCUCGUAUAAUACGGAGUAAACGAAAUCAAAUUGAAUGGUGCUUACGACAAGGUUUUAUAGAUACAGGACGAUUGAUAUCGUUCCCACCCGAAGUGCAACGUCAAGCGAAAGUAGAUCUGGACGAACUUAAAGUUUCUGUUUUAACAAAACGCUUACAAUAA